CAUUUUUAGUAGGCGGUGUUAUUUUAUCAAACUGUACACUUCCCGUUUGGGGCAAAGAGAUAUCUUUUGGAAAAGCAUGCCGAGGAAAAUUCUUGGAUUAGUCUUGUUCAUCCUAGCAAUAUGUGCAACUUUUCAAGACGAAGGGCGGACAAAUCAGUUAAAAUCAAUGCGAUGUCAUCGGACGUUCACAUAUAGGAAGACUACUUCUUGCUCUACUUGCGCUCUUAAUUCUCACAAGGUGAGAUGCCCAAAUGGAUGGAGGCUAAUUGACAAGCCACAGCAAUGCAGGUAUACAGUAAACCUGGGUGAGAAUACCUUAUCUAUCUCGGGGUGUAAUUACUUGUGCGUGAAGGACGUAGAAGAGGAACAAUGCUGCUCUGGAUCCUGGGGUUCUGAAUGCUAUGAAUGUCCUGGUGGAUCUGAAAACAUAUGCAACCAGCAUGGAACCUGUUUGGAUGGCAUUGCGAAUAAUGGAACUUGCAUUUGUAAUGCAAAUUAUGGUGGCUUCGCAUGCCAAGAUUGCAAAGAUGAAAAGCAUUUCGGCCCUGACUGUCAAUCUGUAUGUGAGUGUCAGCAUGGAAUUUGCAACCAUGGCCCCUCUGGAGAUGGAAAUUGUACCUGCUAUGCUGGUUAUGCGGGCCCCAAGUGCGACCAAGAAGUUCCCAAUUGUGAUGGAGUAAUCUGUGAAGCAAACUCCCUGUGUGUGGUAAAGAAUGGGAAAGCUGAGUGUGACUGUAUUCCAGGCUACCAGAAGAUUGGGAUACAUUGUCUAGCCCAGGAUCCCUGUAACUCCUCUCCAUGUUCCCCACAUGCUGUUUGCAAGACUAUUGGGGAAACCAAAUAUCAGUGUGUUUGUGCUGAGGGAUACCAAGGAAAUGGGAGAGUAUGCCAAGUCAGGAAUCCCUGUCUUUUCAAUAAUGGUGGCUGCCCUAUAUAUACCACCGACUGUGUUGACACGGGUACAGAAAAGCCAAAUUGCCAAUGCAAAGCAGGAAUGCAAAGGAAAAGAGACGGGAGAAAUGAAUGCAUAUUGACCAAUGAAUGCCCAAGAAAUUAUUGUGACAGCAGUGUACAAAGGUGUGAAACGACCCCUGAUGGGUCUUUCAACUGCAUCUGCCAAAAGGGAGAAAUUGAAGUUGGAGGUUCCUGUUACAAAACUCUCCUGAGUGAACUCAUUAAGAAAAAUAAAAGAGGACGAUAUCAAAAUUAUCUGAAGGGUGCACUGGCAAUAUUUGGUAAGGGUUGUUCAUUACUCCUGGAGAACUAUGGGCCUUUCACAGUACUUGUGCCUACUGGAUCCAUCUUUCCUCCAUUUCACAUCAGUCCCAGGAUCCCUGUAACUCCUCUCCAUGUUCCCCACAUGCUGUUUGCAAGACUGUUGGGGAAACCAAAUAUCAGUGUGUUUGUGCUGAGGGAUACCAAGGAAAUGGGAGAGUAUGCCAAGUCAGGAAUCCCUGUCUUUUCAAUAAUGGUGGCUGCCCUAUAUAUACCACCGAUUGUGUUGACACGGGUACAGAAAAGCUGCAUCUGCCAAAAGGGAGAAAUUGAAGCUGGAGGUUCCUGUUACAAAACUCUCCUGAGUGAACUCAUUAAGAAAAAUAAAAGAGGAUCAUAUCAAAAUUAUCUGAAUGGUGCACUGGCAAUAUUUGGUAAGGGUUGUUCAUUACUCCUGGAGAACUAUGGGCCUUUCACGGUACUUGUGCCUACUGGAUCCAUCUUUCCUCCAUUUCACAUCAGUGUCAGAUAUGCACAGGAAUUCUGCAGGAGGCAUAUAAUAGCUGGGCAGCACUUGAUAAAAGAAAUGCGUGACACUCAGUAUUUUUGGACAUUAUCUGGACAUAAAGUGGAAUUUCAUGAAAAGCUGCAGCGCCAUAUCAAGUAUAGGUACUUAGAUACUCCAGACGAAAUCAAUUCCAUCUCUGACUCCGAUGUGCCAGCAGUUAAUGGUAUUAUGCAUUUUGGUGACGAAAUAAGGAAAAUAAACAUCAUGGACAACUUUGAUAAUGAUCAGAAAACAAUUGCCGAAAUGCUUGCUUCCAUGGAUAUUUCCAUCCGAUUUGAAACUAUAUUAGAAAAUUGUGGUCUUCCAUCAAUUUUGGACGGUCCUGGACCUUUUACUGUGUUUGUCCCAAGUGAUGAAGCAGUGGACAAAUUAAGAGAUGGAAGGCUAAUUUAUCUCUUCACAGAGGGCAUAAAUAAGCUUCAGGAACUUGUGAAACAUCAUAUCUAUCCCACAGCAGCGGUCUAUGUGGAAAGACUAAUAAUGAUGCCACAUAUUCUGACCAUGGCAAACCAAUUGCUGACAGUUGAGAUCAGUAACGAUGGAAGGAUUCUGUUGGAUCAUUCCAAGGUUAUGAUAAGCAAAAUGAAUAUUUUGGCUUCAAACGGUAUUAUUCAUAUCUUGGAUGGUAUCUUGAUUCCUUCAUCUAUACUCCCAAUUCUGCCAAAGAAGUGUAAUGAAGUACAUUAUAAAGUUGUGAAGGGUUCUUGUGUGGAUUGUAAGUUCCUUAAUAGCAGCACUUGUCCUCCUGGGAGCAAACCUAUGAAACCUGGAUGCUGCAAAGGGUUCUUUGGUCUUUCCUGCACCCAGUGUCCUGGUGGAUAUAGCAAUCCAUGCUACAACAGAGGAAGUUGUAAUGACGGCAUUCUCGGAAAUGGUCAAUGCAGCUGCUACGAUGGCUUCAAAGGGAUUGCCUGCCACAUCUGCACAAGCCCAAACAAGCACGGGGAGAACUGCACUGAAGAUUGUGGCUGCAUCCAUGGAAUUUGUGACAACAGACCAGGAAGCAGAGGUGUGUGCCAGACAGGGACGUGUACAGGUGGCUACCUCGGUGAAUUUUGUGACGUACACACUCACAGAUGUGAAUCUGACACUCUGACACUUUACUGCCAUGGCCAUGCCACCUGUAUUGCGAAUGACACUGCGAAGUGUGUCUGUCUUGAUGGAUAUGAAGGGAAUGGAUUUUCCUGCAAGCCCAUUGAUGCUUGUAGUAAGCCAGAAAGGGGGGGAUGUUCAGAAAAUGCUACAUGUACCACUACGGGUCCUGGCACAGUCAGCUGUCAGUGUAUCCGGGGUUGGACUGGGGAUGGAAAAGCUUGCAUUGCCAUAGACAAUUGUGUAACAGAGACCAGAGGAGGCUGCCACAUCAAUGCUGAUUGUAAUUACAUUGGCCCUGGACAGAGCAGCUGCAUGUGCAAGAAAGGCUAUGAGGGUGAUGGUUACAUCUGUGAUAGGAUUGACCCUUGUAUGAUGGACAAUGGGGGCUGCCACGAACUGGCUGUAUGCCAGAUUCUCAAUACUGGAGAAAAAACUUGCCAUUGCUCUGAUGGAUAUAUAGGAGAUGGAAUUCAAUGUUACGGUGAUGUGAUGAAGGAGCUAGUAAGGAAUUAUCACUUUUCAACUUUUUAUGAGUGGAUUAAGAAAUCCCACUUCAGCAUGCCCAGAGGAGCCAAUGUGACUGUUCUGGUGCCUCUGAAAGAAGCUGUCCAAAAUUUGAGCAAGGCUGAAAAAGAAUUCUGGCUGGAGUCCCACAUGCUACCAUCUCUUGUCAGGUCUCAUAUCCUCCAGGGUUCCUUCACAACUCAGCAACUCAAGACGUAUGUUGGCCAAAAACUCCCCACUCUCAAUCCAGAGGCCAUGUGGGAAAUAAAGAGCAACAAUGGGGAAAUAACUAUUCAGAAUGCCAGCAUUGUAUUGGGUGAUAUUCCUGCUAUUAAUAGCACUAUUUAUAUCAUCAGAAAGGUUCUGUUACCAUCUGUCAAGAUCCCACCUGGUCUCCAGGAGCAACUAAACACUGUGCCCUCGUUCUGGAAGUUCAAAGAACUACUGGAGAGAUAUCAGUUGGUGAGAGAAAUUGAGUCAUCGGAAAAAUAUACAAUUUUUGUCGCAGGGAAUAAUUCAAUUGAGAAAUAUUGCCAAGCAUCAAAUAUUACACAACUGGAUAAUGACACCAUGCAGUAUCAUAUUGUAAUUGGUGAUAAGCUGUUUUUGAAAGACCUGAAGAACGGAGUGCACAGAAGCACAAUGUUAGGACUCUCCAAUUGGCUCAUGUUUUCUAAUAUACUCAAUAAGACGUAUGUAAACACAGUUCUUUUGGAUGGCCCAGUUGUUGAAACAAGAAAUGGAAUGUUGAUUGGGGUUUCUCAAGUUCUACAGAUUCACAAAAACCGUUGCAGUACCAAUACCUCCACUGUGCAAAGGUCAAGAUGUGCUAAAUGCAACAAAAGGUUCAAGUGCCCAGCAGGAUCAGUGCUUGCGCAAUAUCCAGGCAAAGGAAAUCUUCCUCACUGUAUAUUUAAAGCUGGAGGCAUGAAAUUAGUUGGCUGCUACUUUACUUGCAUCAAAGUUUCCCUAGUCUCCGUCUGCUGUCCAGGCUACUAUGGUGCUAUGUGUGAGAUGUGUCCUGGGAAGCCAGGCAACUGGUGCUCUGGCCAAGGGAUGUGCCAAGAUGGCAUUGAAGGCAAUGGAGAUUGCCAGUGCCAGGAAGGUUUCCAUGGUACAGCCUGUGAAAUGUGUCAGGCAGGAAGAUAUGGACCCAAGUGUCAAUCAGAGUGCAAUUGCAAUAAAGGACAGUGCAACGAUGGGUUGUUAGGUGAUGGAAGCUGCACAUGCAACUCAGGAUUUAAAGGAGUUAAUUGUGACCAAAAGAUUGAAACUGAUUUCUGCAAUGGUACUUGUGAUGUGAAUGCCAAUUGCGUUAAUGACUCUACUAAUUCUCAACCCACCUGCUCCUGUUCUGCUGGCUAUUCUGGAAAUGGAACCUCUUGUGCAGAAAUAGACCCUUGUGCUGAGGAUAAUGGCGGCUGUUCCAUAUAUGCCAACUGUACCAAAAUAGCACCGGGCAAAAACAUCUGCACUUGCAAAGAAGGUUAUUCAGGAGAUGGAACAUUAUGCAGAGAACUGGAUCGGUGCUUAGAAAACAAUGGAGGAUGCCACCGAAAUGCAAGCUGUAUUAAAACAGGGCCAGGUUUGGUUGCCUGUGAGUGUCUUCCCGCGUUCAGUGGUGAUGGGAUCAAGAAAUGUGAAUAUACCGAUCCUUGCUUGGAGAAUAAUGGUGGCUGCAGUCCACUAGCUAUAUGCUCUAAAAAUGAAAAUGGGAAUCCAACAUGCCUUUGUAUAUUGGGGACUGGUGAUGGCUUCACAUGCAGUAGAAGUGUAUGGCAGGAACUUAUUGGAAGAAAAGAUGCCUCUGAAUUUCUUCGUUAUAGCCGGACUCAUCAAGUAAUGGAAAUAACAGGGAAAGGACCAUACACCAUAUUUGUCCCACAUGCUGAUUACCUACAGAAAAGGACCACAUUUUCAGAAUGGGAAAAAGCUGGCUGCAUCAAAGAUCUGCUUCGCUAUCACACAGUCAUCUGUCAGAAGCUCCUAUCAGAUGACUUGGAAUCACAGGAUUCUCUAACAGCUUUAUCUGGUCACAAAAUCAGAGUUUCCAUGAAAGAGAACAGUCUGUAUUUAAAUGAUGAAGUUAAGAUAAUUGAAAGUGACAUUACUCGAGAGAAUGGAGUCAUACAUUUUAUUGAUGGGAUCUUAGCCCCAUAUGACCUGCAGCACCACAACAUUUCAUGCGACCUAUCCCAGAAAACCAUUACAGAGGUCUCAGAGGCUCUUGGAUACAAAACAUAUAGCAGGCUUCUAAAGGAAGCAGGAUUUCUUAGUCUGGUCAAUAAUACCUUGCAUCAGCCAUUUACCAUGCUGUGGCCAACUGAUGCAGCCUUUAAUUCUCUUCCUGCUGAAAGGCAAAAAUGGCUCUUUCACAAAGACCACAGGAGCAAACUGGUUGCUUAUCUCAAAGGGCACAUGAUCCGGGACAUAAAGGUCUUGGCUUCCAAACUGACAGAAUUCUCGUCCUUGAGGACUUUGCAUGGCUCAAUUAUUUCAUUUAGCUGCAGCAAAACACAUGCAGGGGAUAUUGUGGUGGACAAUAACAAUGCAAGGAUUGUCCAGCGGUAUAUGGAAUUCAGUGGGGGCAUUGCUUAUGGAACUGAUCACCUUCUUGAGCCUCCAGAUUUGGGAUCCCGUUGUGAUGAGUUUCAAACUACUGAGAUUUCAAAUGCUCAAUGUGGUCCUUGUGGCUUUGAGAAAUCCUGUCCUUUUGGAUCAGUGGAAAUGGGGGAAAUCCGGACUUGCUAUUAUGAAUAUGGCUCUCUUGAGACUCCAAGGAGGUACUUCUGGCCGAAAUAUUUUCAUGCGCCACCCCCUCCAAACCGGCUUAGAAGACAUUUCAUUAAGGGAUGCAAGAGAACAUGCCUUGCCACUAAGUGGGUACCCCUAUGUUGUCCAAAUCACUAUGGAAAGAACUGCCAGGUGUGUCCCGGAGGGCUUGAAGCACCAUGCCACAAUCGUGGUACGUGCAACGAUGGGCAUAAAGGCUCAGGACAGUGCAGUUGUAAUGCAUCUUUUGUUGGAGUGGCUUGUGAACUUUGUGCUCCAGGGUACUAUGGGCCAGACUGCAAAGAGUGCAGUUGUUCAGGAAAUGGGAUAUGCAACGAAGGGCUGCUCGGAGAUGGCUUUUGCUUCUGCUUUGUGGGAUGGACUGGAGAGCACUGUGAAACCAAACUAGCUGCAGUGCCUCAGUGCUCCCCAGCCUGCGAUCCAAAUGCUGUCUGCCGAGCUAAUAAUAUCUGUGAAUGUAACCUUUAUUACAGGGGAGAUGGAAAGACAUGCACAGUGAUUGACCAGUGUGGAAACAACAAUGGUGGCUGCAGCAACCAUGCUACGUGCACACAGAAAGGAACGGAUGUCUCCUGCACCUGCUCAAUGGACUACCAGGGUGAUGGCUACAUCUGCAAUCCUGUUGACAGAUGUGCAGAUGGAAGGAAUGGACAGUGCAGUGAGCAUGCAACUUGUAUUAGCACAGGUCCAAAUACCCGGAGGUGCGAAUGCAAGGCGGGUUAUGUUGGAAAUGGAAUGCAGUGCUUCGAGGAAGUUAUUCCCCCUACAGACCGUUGCUUGGAAGAGAACGGGCAAUGCCACAUGGAGGCUAUUUGUACUGACCUGCAUUUCGAGGACAAAACCGUUGGUGUGUUCCACCAGCAGUCUCCCACAGGAAAGUACAAUUUUACCUAUGAAGAGGCUGAAGCCAGGUGUGCAGCUGAGGAAGCUACCUUGGCCACCCUUCAGCAGCUGUCUGCUGCUCAGCAGAUGGGGUUCCACCUCUGUAUAGUAGGUUGGCUUUUUAAUCGCACAGCUGGUUACCCAACUGUAUACCCAAGUCAUAACUGUGGUACUCAUCAUGUGGGCAUUGUAAACUAUGGCUAUCGAAACAACUUCAGUGAAAAGUGGGAUGCCUACUGCUAUCGAAUUCAAGAUGUACAGUGUAACUGUAAGGAUGGGUUCAUUGGAGAUGGCUAUUCUUGCAUAGGCAGCCUUUUGGAUGUGUUGGCUCAACAGGCAAACUUUUCAGUCUUCUAUUCAAUAAUUCUGGAUUAUGCUAACACCACUCAGGAAGGAGUAGAUUUUUUAAAUUUCCUCUCUGAGGACAUAGCUUAUAAAACUCUUUUCAUACCCGUGAACUCUGGCUUUGGAGAUAAUACAUCUUUAUCACUGAAGGAUGUAAAACUUCAUGCAUCGCUGCGUGGCGUUGCCCUCUCAAGCUUCAAUCUCACAGCUGGAACAAUAAUACCUUCCCAAGCAGGAUACAAUCUUUCCAUUGCAGAGUCAUUGAGUCAUACUUUCCUCAUUGUUUCUGAACCAAUUAACAAUACAGCGAUUGUUGAAUGGGAUAUUCUGGCCUCCAAUGGGAUCAUUCAUGCUAUUCAGAGUCCUUUGAAGGUACCUCUGCAACAUAACCAGACUCCAAGUACUGGAAAACCAUCUGCUGCUAUGACAAUUGGCAUAAGCACCGUUGUUGCUAUAGUUCUGUUCUGUGCAACUAUUGCUGGAUUGUCCUAUCUCUGUCUCAAAAGGAGAAACCAAGAAGUGCACUUUCGCCAUCUUACAACUGAACUAGAUGAUGAUGAAUUUUCCUGGCAGGAAAGGAGCCCACACUUAGUAUCCAUUCCAAAUCCUAUUUAUGAAGCAGAUAGCUCUAUCUAUGAGCCAUUUCAGGAGUCUCUCCACAGAGAAGAUUUUGUUGAUACUGAAGACGUUUUUGGACAAGAGUAAUAUACUGUAAUACAAACCAGGAUAAAAAAAAAUUUGAGAAAUUUUGAUAUUUUGAAGAAACAUUUUAUAUAUAUCUCAAUUCUAUUCUUUUUAAAGUUAUGGGAAAGAAUUAUGAUCAAAAGAGCUAUCGGCAUUUGCAGUCACAUAAAGAAUUUCCCAUUUUUUUGUUCAGAAUUCAUUCUCUCAUGUUGCAUUGCCUCUUUUUAGAGACCUUCAGGAAUAAGUUCUGAGUGUAACCGUAAUAUGAAUGGAAAGAACUUAAAAACAUAUGUAGCAUGCACAAAAUCCUUUGGAUCCUGUCCAUGAAAUUUCAAUCAUCUACUUAGGAAUGACUCAUGAAUGUGUCUGGCAAAUGAAUACUGUGAGAACCCUGAAUGGGCCAAUGAAAAUUUAGUUCAGAUUUAAUGAAUGGAUAAACUGCACUACUGAGCUUUCUUUUGAUUUUUUAAAAUCUUCUAAUGAAAGACUGUCAAAAAUUGUUACCGAUAAACUGUAGACAGCACAUAUUUGUAAGUAUCCUGAAUUAUAAUACAUUGGAAAGUUUGAAAAAGGGACCUUACAAGCAAUUCUUAACAUUUUUCACUAUGAUUACAUCAAUAUGCUACCAGUAAAGAUGCCAAUUAUCUCUCUUUGCCUUAUAAUUAGUAUUGUUUCUUUCCCCCUUCCCAUGAAGAAAACUAAAAUAUAUUAACAUUAGGACUAUUCCAUAAUGAAACAAUGUAUUAUUUUUGUAAAAAAAAUAAAUGGUG